CUGACUGAUUAAGCUGGACUGUUGGACACCGAGACCUGGACAUCGUUCACCGAUUUCAUCAUGAUCAACAAGAGAGUCUGGAGAGGAAGCUCAAUUUUACUCUUCCUCUUCAUUAGAGCUUAUGCAGAAAUAAAUGGGACGGACGUAUCAGAAGUCAACAGUUCCUCACCGAAUUCCGUCACCUCUGGGCCUACAGAAGCAAACACAGGUAUCUUGCAAACGAAUGACUCCUAUACUUCCCCUGACAGUGAACAGCACACUAAUAAGACGACUGCUGCAAUUACAAUGGGUCCCCCUUCAGCUGUUUCAACAUCUAAACCUCAGCCUGAGACGACCACCAUCUGGGAUGAAGAAUGGGACAAGCCCUUCAAGAGCGAUUACACAAAUCUGAGGAAGGUUGGACUGACCAUUGCGGCGGUGCUUUUCCUGAUGGGCAUCAUGGUGAUUACAUGUGGUAAAAUGAGGUGUAACCAGCGCUGUCAAGUGGGUAAAGGGAGAUCAUACGAAGUGACCAGAAUGUGAGUCAGAACAUCAGGAGCAGAUCAGCAAGCCAAAGUGACCACAGCGGCACGAAACGUUACAGAAGCCGAUGUGUUAUCAGUGCACAGUGUGAGUGUGUGUGUGUGGGUGGGUUGUGAUGUAAUUUAUUCCCACCGUUUGAUAGAUGGAUUGACAUGUGGAACGCCGUUAGAGAUUAAUUAAGUGUGUGUGUGUGUGUGUGUGCAGUGUGCGUGUGUGUACAUGUGCUCCAGUGUGUUUGUACAGUGUAAACCUGAACUCCUGGUCUGUUGGAAAGGGCAUGUAGGAGAACCAGACAUGUACCAUCAUGCCACGCUAAAGGGCGUCCACUCCUUUUAAGAAACCAUAAACACUGAUGUACACACACACACACACACACCCACACACUAAUACACUUCGAUCAUCAAUACAGACAUCCUUAUCUGAUCAUGUAUUUUUCUAACUGUUUAUAUGUAUUUUUAAAGUAAUUUCCUCGUGAAUCAGACCUAAUAGAGUUUCAGGGUGUGUUAAAAAUGACUCGGCGUGCCCUCAGGAGGUCGAAUAUCGUUUUUGGAAUGAAAGCAAAGCUGAAAAUAACGUCAGCGAGAGAAAUAAAGCUUUAAUAAAAGAGUGAAUAAUGA